CUGCCUUCUGUUAUGGUUCUCUGUUAUUGGCUGCCUCUGUGGGUUUAUGCUAGAGAGAAAGGUCUCUAAUUAGUACCCCGCUGGCGGACACAGAUCGCGUUUCCAGGGCAAGCAGCUUAGAAAAAAAAAGACAGAGGAAAGAAAAAGAAGGAAGGGGGGGAAGUCCUAACGACGACGGCAUCUAGCCCCAUUACUAGCAGUUCUCAAGCCCAACGGAGCUGGUUUUGUUUCGCUUUCCACCACAAACUUUCCAUAGCGGGCUGAGCCAGAAAGGCUCUCGUUGUCAGGGCAGGUGGAGCGUGGUGGGGAAAGAGCUGGUGGCUGCCUUCGCCUAGAACCCGGGGAAAAGUAACGGCAGCGGCGAGGGGGCGACGUCCGCACAAUUGGCGGCGGCGGCGCGGCGGCUGGUGCCUCUUGUCAAGUGAAGCGAGGCAGGGGCUCAAGUUCCUGAACGUUCCGCCCGCAGAAAAGAGCCGACCCCGGUAAAAAACAGCAGCAGCAGGCCCUUCUUUUCCAGCACUUUCUUUCUGCGGAUGUCCCAUCCAAGCCCAACUUGGUCCCAGAGAGAGAAGGCUCCAUGCAGUGGACUAUUAGCCACCCUACUACCUGCUUCGUUUUCAGACAGUGAUUCUGGCUGCGCCCUGGAAGAUUAUUCUGGAGGACCAAUAACAGAAAUUCUCCCAGCAGAGGUGUCACCAAACUUUGGCUGCCACUCAUCAUCUGAUGCUGUCCCUGCUGCCAUUCAGAACCAGCUCCGCAUCAAAACUCUACUCCAACAGCUGCCCCCACAAGACUGCGAUGAGAGAUAUUGCCCAUCCAUUGGAGAAGAGGAGAGGGAGCACCUACGGACGUUUGCUACAUGGCGACGGCAGGAAUCACUGGGACAAGGAGUCACUUGCCUGGUGCCUCCCACAGCUCAUGGGUGCUUUUGUAAAAUGUGUGAUAAGAGGAUGAUAAGAGGUGAACAGAGUGUAUUUGCACCUAAGCUGGGAGAUCAGUGUUACUGGCAUCCUGCCUGUUUUGUAUGUCACACCUGCCACCAUCCCCUCGUAGAUCUCAUCUACUUCAUUCGGGAUAGGAAGAUCUAUUGUGGUCGACACCAUGCAGAAUUCUUCCACCCACGCUGUGCUUCAUGUGAUCAACUGAUCUUCACGCCAGAGUGUAUGGAGGCAGAAGGCAUGUGCUGGCAUCAAGAACACUUCUGCUGCCUUGAGUGUGACUUGCCUUUGGGAGCACAGCGCUAUGUCAUGAAGGGUGGCCAGCCAUGCUGCUGUGCCUGCUUUGAGAAUCUUUAUGCAGAUGUCUGUCAAGCUUGUGGAGAGAUUAUUGGUGUUGACAGUGAGCAAACCACCCUCCAAGGUCAACACUGGCAUGCCAAAGGCACCUGCUUCUGCUGUAGUCUUUGCCAAAAAGCACUGCAAGGCCAGCUGGUCACCACUUGCAAAGGGCUCCUCUUCUGCUCUGAGGCCUGCAGCUUGGAGAAGGAAUCGGUCUUGUCUUCCACUGGCUCAGAUUCCUCAGACUCUGCUUUCAUCUCUGUUCCAUCCCCUAACUCAACACCUAUCUCCAGAACUAGAAACAGCAGCCCAGGCUAUUUUUCUCCAGCUGCAAGACCUGAUGCAGAUGUGGAAACGCUUCAGACAUCUGGCAGUUCAUCAUUGUGUCCUGAGUUCAUGAGCCAGGAAGAAGCAGGCGCUAUUCUCAGAAACAGAACAAUCUCUCAACAGCCUGAUGAACUUGAACUACUGGCUGAUUCUCCUCAAGUGGAGGGGGGAAACUCAAGCCCCUCUAGGCUAGAAUUAGCUCAGAGUACUGUCAGUUUUAAGAACGUAAUCCUAGGGUCCACUCUCACACUAACACCUCAGCAACAAGCUGGAGGUGAUCACUUUAGAAGCAGUAUCUCUGUAGCGUCACAUGUGUCAGUGUUGAUCAGGGACUUCUCACAGAGACCGCACAAAGACAGCAUGGGUGAGCAGGAAGCUGUGGUGGAACAAGCUGACACUUGGUGCCCUACUUGCUCAUCUUCUUCAGAGUCUGACUCUGAGCCAGAAGGCUUCUUCUUUGGAAAGCCCAUCCCAAAGCCUGGGGUCAGACACAUUGCUCUCCCUGAUAUGGAGCAGGAGACACUUGCCAAAGGAAUAGGGUGGGCAGCCAGAGCACGGGCAAGCAGCAAACACUGCAGUAUAUCCUAGAGAGAGCAUAUCCUGAAAAGAAUAGGAGGGAGUAGUGUCACAAGCUCUGUGUGUGUGUGCUCGCGCAUGCGUAAGUAAAAGAAUGAAAAACCUUCUCCCUACACGUGCAAAGCAGAAAGCUAAGCAAGUCUAGGCUGGUUAACUCAGGAAGAAUUUGGUAUAGCAGAGUUGAGUGAGAAACAAGGUUUUCAUAGAUAUAGAGUUUGGUCACGUGUUUUCAGAGUCUUUGGAACUGGCAUUCUCCUCAGUGGCCUGCAGCUCCCCCCCCUUUCUCUUUUGAAUGUGUAACUAAGCCUUUCGACUUGGCUGUUGUCCACUCUACCACACUCACAUUCUCCAGUGCCCCCUUUUCAUAAUGAUUUUUAGAAACAGGUAGAAAAAGCUGGAGAGGGAAAGGCUUUUAGGUGUGUGUGUACUUGCUUCUCCCACUAACGAGGAGGGGUGCAUGUGAACAUGCCCAUUCUUUUCCAAAGGCCAAAGGUUCUGUUGAUGCUCUGCAGACAUUUUUCCUAUGAAGUGCAGAAAGCAGAGAUGAAACAGAGGCUUUUUAAAGUAGCUUUGGAAUCCACCUUGGCUGGUACUGUGAAUACUGUGGUUUGGUUUUUUAGGUACUACAGUUUGCUUGUGUGACUGGAUGUUCUCUGCUGCUCCCUACUGGCAGCUGUGAUAAUAUUUUGGUGGCUAGUGAUACUGAAGGCUAUCGGGAGAUCAUAGAAUCAUAGAAUAGUAGAGUUGGAAGGGGCCUAUAAGGCCAUCAAGUCCAACCCCCUGCUCAAUGCAGGAAUCCAAAUCAAAGCAUUCCCAACAGAUGGCUGUCCAGCUGUCUCUUGAAUGUCUCCAGUGUCAGAGAGCCCACUACCUCUCUAGGUAAUUGGUUCCAUUGUCAUAUGGAUAGUGGAGACCAUUAUAAUCCUGACAAUUCCAGAUUCAUGAUCCUUAAAAUCUGGAUGAAUUGUAUCUAUCACUCUGUGCACAUAGAUUUUAAUUACUAGACUGAUCUUAAAAGUUGUGUCUGGUUUCCAAACACUGUCCCCCUCUUGAUAAAAUGUUAUCAGACAGCCUUUUCCCAACAAAUACUAACAAUUUUGUGCGAAAGGACAAGCACAAAGGCCCUUCCAGCAUUUGUACAGCAACUAACUGCUGUCUAACAACAAAACUGAGAUCCUGACAAAAGCAGUUCAGAGUAGAAAUGCCAUAGGAUUUGGCUGCAAGGUUUGUACCAACUUGCCCCAUCCCUCCCAACAUGGACAUUUCUAAAAGCUCCCCCUUUGCAAAUGUCUGCAUCAACAUGAUGGGGAGUAUGGUAUGCAAUGUUGGGGUGGGAGUAACUUAUAUAGUUCCACUGAUACUUUGUUUUGAUGUGUGACUAAGAAUAGCUGAAUAGAGCUAGCGUAAUCUGCAAUUCCACCUUAAAGGAACAUAGUUAUUAAGUUAGAGCAAGUUGCCCUUUUUGUGUUUUCUGAACAUGUUUACAAUGUAGUGGCACCAUACGGCCUGGCCCUGUCACCCAAGAUGUCUGUGCAGUGAGAAUGGAUGCCUGCAAGGUGAAGCCUACACAUGAACAGCCACUGACAUACCGUACCAUUAUGCAUAGGGCUGGGGAAAAGUUGUAGUUCACUCCACAAUUUGGAGCAAACCUCCCUGAUACACACACAACAGACCAUGCUGCAUUGAAAGAUAGACAUCAGGAUGAGAUUACGUGCCUCGAGCCUUUCCAAGCAGGGUUUUUCCCAACUUAUUUUUUAAACAAGGUGCUGCAAAUAUUUCCCUGGUUCUUUUUUCUUGGUUGUAGUCCAUUUCUAGCUGUUUACUGCACCUAGGAAAGCAUGGUGCUUACAGCCCUUGUUCAAAACUUUUAAGUAAAAAGCCUCUGGAAGCAGAGUUGCAUUAUGAUGUACCUCCCUUUCCUAGAUAAUUGUACAGAGAAAAAGAUGGCUAUCUUCACCACUUCUGGGGUGUUUUAUUCAAAGGUUUUCAACAUAUGCUUUCCUAGCUUCUCCAAGCAGCUAGAAACCAUCUAAAAGCAAGGUUGGGGGGCAACAUACCAGAGAAGUCCUCACAGACCAUCUUGUCAGUACUUUUAAAGCAAUUUAAAUGCUUUGAAAGCAUUUCUGAGGAUUUUCCCUUAAAAAAAUCUGCAUGGAUUUGGGAGAGGACAGCCCUGCCAAUCUACUCUUGUGUAAGGGACAUAGAGUGGAUCAAGACUCUUUCAUUCAUCCCUAGUUACACAUGGAAGAAACAUGCAAAAUAGUGUAAUUCAGCAGAGCCCUGCAGGCAGGACACUUCAGUUACUAGACUACAGCAUGGCUGCUUAAGUUCAUUGUACAGCACACAUUGUAGCACAGAAUUUAUGAAACAAGGCUGUACCCCUUUAUCCAUGUUCUGCAUACAUGUUGCUCCUUUCCAGCUCACCCACCCAACGUUUGCAUAUUCAACAGGUUAGAGGUAAAAGUAAAUAGAUUAACCCUGCCUUAAUCUCAUUUGAAUGCUUGACUUGGCAACCAUAAGCAGAAUGCCAGGACUGGCACCAGGCGUGACUGGGCCCUUGACACCAGACUGCCUCAGCCCUUGGUCGUCAUGCUCGCCGACAUCCCCUCUUGACACAGGUGGCACAGGCUUAAAUGGGCCCACCCAAACUCCUGCGUUCCUGUAUAUGCCUGUCAUCACCCAAGAUAGCAGCACAGGAGUCAACACCUUAGGGUCACCCCCACUGCCAUCUUGGGUGAUGGCAGGCAUGUUGCCCAACUCGGGAGGUAGGUGGAGUGUGUGGGCCUAUUUAAGCCUGUGCUGUCUGCAUCAGGGGGUGUUGCUGGGGAGGGUGGAGCUCCCACUCCAUGAUCUGCAUCAGCUUGCUGGGUGCAAUUCACUGCAGACCACGGAGCAGAAGCUCCCUUCUCCUAGCUUAAGGAGGGGCCUUUCUGCAUCGCAGGGACCUCUUAGCCAGUGCCCGACCUGGCUGGCCGCUGGUGCUGGACCUGCAGAAUGCUAAAAGAAUGUCACACAAUUUUAUAGUUGACUGAACAAUGAUAGUUCAGGGAAAGCACACUAAUCAAUAAAGGCAGCUCCAAGAGAUUCGUUGCCUCCAUUUUAUUAUUUGCAAAAGAAUUUUAAAAAUUCAGUAAAUGAAUGUUAAGAGUUUCAGGAUGGCUUAUUAGGUAGGGGGGCUACAGAACCUGCAUCAGACAGGAAUCCUCCACUUUCUCUCUGCCUGUAAUUGCAGGACAGCCAGAAUUCAAAAGAAUGCUAAAAAAUGCAGAAUUAACCAUUGGAAGGCUUGUUGCAAGAUGAAAGGACAAACAUUUCUAACAGGUAAUCCUACCAGGAUAGUAUGGCAAAACUAGCUUACCACCCCUACCCUAACCUACCUACUCCUGCACUGAGUUUCUGACCCCUUCAGAAGCCCAUAGGCUGCAUCAACACUUCUCAAAAUAAUCUACACUUCUGAAAAAUAAUUUCCUUACAAGGAUGUACCUUUAUUCUCCCCCAUCCCAAGCAUCUUUCUUAUCCUUUUAUUCAGUACUACAGCAACAAUACUUGCAAGCCUGCCUACCCUUGCCUCUGCAGCCUAUUGCUGCUGCAGCCUAAACUCAUAUUUCUCAUCUCUGCUGCCAAGAAGCUUCCUCCAGUGCUACUCUUUUGCUACCAAAUCCAAAAUGUAUGCCACUUCAUAUCCCACUGACUCUUGUGCAACAGGCCAUAGUUACACCAGACAGAUCGCCCUAUUUGCCUUCUCAGCUGGCAUCCGCUAAGUCAUAACUGUCAAUGAAGUUCUUCAGCAUGCAUUCGUAGUAGUUCCCAAUUCGCCUCAAGUUGGUCCGCAGUGCUGCUUCCAUUGCCUCCUCCAUGCAGGGCUUUGUUUUCAACAGCAUUGUGGCCACUGCUGCAAAGUUAAGGAGUACCCGCUGAUAGGCCUGCAGGAAAGGACAGAGGGGUCUGUCAGGCAAGAGAGCCACUGUGUGAGCAACCACUGAGGAUGCAAUUCUGAACACCACAUCUCCACAUCAGGAAGGGUGAAACUGACUCCUCCCAAAUUGCUAUUUCAAAAAAUUAUUGCUGAUCCUAUGGAUCCCCUGCUGUGAUGUCAUGCUGCCAAAAUUGGUGUUUUUUUGCUGACCGCUCCCAUAGGUCCCCCAUGGUGACAGUAUGAUGCCAAAUUUUUAUAUUUUGUGGUUCUCCAAGCUCCCCUAUUUAGCAACUUUUAAAAAAUUAAUUUUAAUUAUACAGUAUCUCUACACAUAAAAGCCACCAUGCUGCAGUUUGCUUUGCCACAAACAGGUGGUGCUGUAAACUGCAGUGUGGUUGCUGCAGCCCAGGCAAUUACACUGAGGUGAUGGUCCAGCAGGAGAAGCAGCACAGGAAGGAGAAAGGUGGCUGGAAGUGGCCAGCCUCAGGGUUGUCAGCUACAGCAGCAGAUUAUCAGGCCAGCUACCCACUGGUUCUGGCUGCCUUCCUCUUUCCCAUGCUUCUCCUCUUAUCCUAUCCAUCCAAGCAGGGGCAAGGCAGUCAGGCAGCCACCAAAGCAACCAACUGCAGAGCAUGAGCGCACAUAAGGUGGGCUGGUGGUGAGUGAGGUGGUGGCCAUGCAUCAAUGCCUGGGGGCACUGGGAGGUUUGGCAAGGGAGUGGGGGGUAGCUGAGGUUGCCGUUCCUAGGAUUAGGUAGUGCAGUUGGUGUGUGAAGCACAUGGGUGGCAGUCCCUAGCAAGUCUCUCUCAUGCACACACACACACAGUUUAUGUGAUGCCAAAAGGUUUUUUUGUAAUCCUCCAAACACUCCCAUUAGUUUUUUUUUCAAGCCCCCUUUUACACUUUGGUAACACCCACUUUGACAUGAAGCCCUGGAUAACAUGGCCCUCCAUCUGAAAAAGAUUAGCCACCCCUACCCUACGAAAUAGCUGUAGUCACUGGCCAUUGUAAUGGUCAGAGUAUGCAAAAAGCACAAAUAAAUUUGAAGGUGAAACAUAAAAGAAAACUGGUAAGUGGCACAUAACGCCAUCAUACUUCAGCAACAGCUUUAAGGCUGAAGUAGCAAAGAGUUUCCCAUUGCCAUAGCUAUCAAAGUUAGUCACACUGCACACACUUAGGAUCAUCAAUAACCCAGUCACACAAUCAGGGCAAUGGUGAAGGUGGAUUUGUUACAUCACCUCAAUAAAUGGUUAUGGGUGAAGUGGGGAUUCUAGUCUGUUCUAACAAGUGUGAAAAGCAAAUAAGAAUGCUUGUCAUUUCAGAUCAAUAGCAUACACAGCAGAGACCUCUCCAAAAUCCCGUAUCUAAAUCGGUCCAAUAUCGCUACCAAGCACUCUUCUAUUCCAAAUGUUCUUUCUAGUUCUGUCUCCCUGACCAUCUACAAACCAUUUUUCCAAGCCUGACGGUGACGCUGAAGGGAAAAGGAAAAGCUCAGCGGAAUAUUCUGUCUCAGGAUCCCAAAUGGGCUAAGAAUAUGCCUCCAGAGUUCCCCAGUUCUUGUUCCUACUGGCAUGUUCAUAUUGUAACUGUGUACGAUUUCUGCACUAUUCUUGCUUUUAAAAAAAUAAAAAGCAAUAGGAUGGCACUACAUGUAUCACUACAGGCAAGUACAAAUAAUAUAUACAGCAUUAAUAAUUCCUGCAAACCAAAUGUGAGAAGUAUUAUUCUUGUGCUAUGCAGGGGCUGCAUCAAUGUAAAAUGGCUCCACUUAUGCUCUAUCCUUAGCAAUAGCAGACUCACCCUUAUUGGUGUGAUUUUGGCUUUUUCAUUAUCAUCCAUAUGCUCACUGGAGCAAAUGACUAUAGUCUCAAUUUAGAAUUUGUUUUUAAUGGGGGAAAAUGUGGGUUUACUGAAUCCAGCACAAAAUAUUUAGUUUUUCACCAUUUAAAUUUACUGGGCUAAUGUUUCAUGACACAGAUGAAGUUCAAACAGUUCUCUUAUGCUUUCCCCAAACAGCCAUAAAGCAACAAACAAUCUUACUUCCUCAGCUACCCUUCUUAUCUUUCAAGGGUAGCCUCACUGUCUCUAUCUUGUUGGCCUCUAUGUCUUUCAUCCGGCCUUUCUGCUUAUUUGUAACAGUUCAAAAGAUACUGCAAUUGUGCAGAAGGGGUCCAGACUCUCAGUUCUUCUUGUCGCCUUCCCUGUCUGCCACCUACUUUCCCCCUCACGCCCUACAUGAAUGGAACAUAGGAAACUGCUUCAGACCAUUGGUCCAUCCAGCUCAGUAAUGUAUAUACUGGCUGGCAAUAUCUCUGCCGGAUUUUAGUAAGGAAUCUCUCCCAGCCCUACCCAGAGAUGCUGGGGAUUUAACCAGGGCCCUUCUGCAAGAAAAGCAGAUGCUCUACCACUGAGCUACGCCUCUUCCCCUUUUGAAAUUAGGCCAAAGGCCACAUGUGGCCCUCAGGUUGUCCACUCCUGCUGUAAAGGACGACAACUCACAGUGGCUAAUUUAUGAAAUGAAAAGAUCUGGGAUUCAAAGUAUGCAUACAAGUUAAACUCCCUGAUCUGGAGGUUUUUGCCUCUAGUCUCAGCUGUAUGGAAUUGGGCUAUGAUUACUUGAUGGUGGAUGAAAGGAAUGCAGACAGAUCCAAUCCUGGAAUAGGCAGGUAGACUCAAGGGCUAAGCCCUGGUCAAAUUCAGCCCAGAGUCAUGGCAUAGCUAAAUUCAGAUUAUAAGAAAAUAAUUUCAAAUGUUCACUAAUUUUUCUGGGGAGUUAUUUAAUUGCAUUGGGGAAAGGGCCAUAGUUCAGUGGCAGAGCAUCUGCUUUGCAUACAGAAAGUCCUGGGUUCAAUCCCUGGCAUCUCCAUGUCAGUCUGAGAAUGUCCCCUGCAUGAAACCUUGCAGAACUGCUGCCAGUCAGUGUAGAUAUACUGAGCUAGAUGGACUAAUGGUCUGGCUCCAUCAGUUUCUUAUAUUCUUCCCCUUUGUAUGACAACCAAGUAAUAUUGUUUGUAAAGUGUGCAUUUGCUAUUUGUUAAAACAAAUACAUUUUUAUUGUUUUUUUUCUGAAUGUAUCAUUCAAUAAAAAAGACAUGAAAUUCAGAACGUGUCAAAGCAACAAUAUUGGCUGCUUUGUUUCACCUUAAACAAAAGUCAGUCGAGAUAAUUUAUCUGAGGUGAACUAAAGCAGUAAAUACACACUUUGCAAACAUAUUCAGGGUUGUGGAACCUUUUUCCAGCCUGAGAGCCAUGUUCAUUUAUGGACAAUCUACUGGGAGCCACAUGUCUGUAAAGGAUGGGGCCAUAGGCAAAAGUGGUUGGAGGAAUGCAGCCAUGCAAAACUCAGAGGUUUACACACUUACAUACACACAAACUUUCCAUCCUCCAUCCAGGCAAGCAAAAGGCAUCAUCAAGAGUUAAGGACACAUUUCAACCAGGCAAAAGCACUCAAGGAUUGUCUGGAGCAGGACCAGUGAGGGGUAUGGCCUGCUGAAAGCCAGACAGAGAGGCCUGAGUGGGCCACAUUCGGCCCCUGCACCUGAGGUUCCUCAUUCCUGUUUUAUCCAUUUACCUCCUGACAAAUGGCAUAAGAAUUGUCCAGGGAACAGUAACACAAUGGACCUGAGAUUCCCUUUUUAAAGCAGAAAAUGGAGUAAAAGUGGGAGAAAGAAAUAAGAGAUGUUUCCAGGCUGAACAAAAAAGGAAAGGACAAAGGAAACGGGAUAUGAUCAUGUUUGGGGAAAGGGUGUGGUUUAAACUAGAAACUUUUGCUCAGUGAAGAACAGCUCAUUAGAUAACAGAAAUCUAGAUAACAAAAACAUUUUUUCCAAUCAGCCUUCUAAAAUCUUUUAUUGCAGUUGGUAUCUGUCUUGGAUUUGAAUUGAUUUUAUGUAUGUGCUAUUAUUUUAAAUGCUUUUAAUAUUUAUAAUUAUUUAAAAAAUGUUUUUAUAUAUGCAAUUGUUUUUAUAUAUGUAACUCUGUUAUAUAUGUUAUAUUGUAAAUCACUUCGGGAUGCCUCAUGGGAAGCGAUUCAUAAAUAAAA